AUGUGUUACUUGCCCAACGUGCCUGAAAAGCUUUUCUCAGGCUUCAGCGUUUCAAAUUUUUUCCCGCAAGACCCUCUGUGGAAGGAGUUCAUCGAAGCGCGUUUGCCUAUUUUUUGGAUAAUCGGACCGUCUUUCUCCGGGAAAACGAGCCUUGCUCACAUUUUGACCGAAAUUAGUAACUUUCACAUGCUCCGUUUGCAAUUUCUUUCGUCAAUCACGACCGAAAACUCAAAAGCUCACCUAGUCGAGCCUAAAGAUAACAAAAUUGUGAAGCUAAAAAACGAAAUUCGCAACACUUUCAAGGACAGUCAGGGCUACAUAAUCGACGAUUUUCCUUCAAAUUUGAAGGAAUGCAUCCAAUUUGAGAAGAAAAUUUGCAAGCCAACGGUCGUCAUUUACAUAUCUAUAAACCUAGACGCUAUCCUGGCGAGGGCUCUCGCCCAACACCCAAACCUCGACAUAAACGCCCUCAGGAUUGGAUAUGUGAGGGAAAUGAAAAACUCUGAGAAAAUUUGCCGCAGAUACGAGAAACUGUACAAAGUCAUCAAGGUUUAUUCCCAGUUUCCCAUCCAAGACACUCAUGCCAAAGUCAUCGAGAUUCUAGAAACCGAUUUCGGCUAUAAAUUCAAACACUGA